CUUGCUGGGGGGGGGAGGUGUUUGGUUGGGACACCGGUCGGAUGUGAAGGGUAGAGGGGGAGCGAGCUGUCGGCAGCUGGAGGAUCCAGUUGCUGAUCCCUAGCCCAGGCAAGAGUCAUGGAAGACAAUCCCAUUUCUCCAGCCAGCGAGCCCCCUUCGCCACCAGGGCACAUCCGGAUCAUUGAGGCAGAUAGCUCAGUGGAGGAGGAGGAGGAGGAAGACAUGGGGACCCUGAAGAGAGCAGCCCAAGGGCAGAGCAGGAGCACGGAGGACCUACAGAUGGUGGGGGUUUCCCUUGAGAGACAAAGGUUUUCGUCCUCUCCUAGCCCCACUGGAUGGUGCCAAGAGGGGCACAGCCCUCCAGACCACCAUAAUGCUGAUGGUCUGGGCCAGAAUGGAUGUGAGGAGGAGGAAGUGGCCACUCUGUCAUGCCAGGAGGUCCCCCAAGCUGAGGCACCAGGGAAGCAGCAGUCCUGCAAGCCAUUCCGGUGGAAGCAGCGGCUGUAUGAGCAGUUGGAGUCCAUUCGGGCUGCUGCUGCUCCCCCUGGCCAAGAAGGUGGGGAGCCAGCUGGUGCCGAUGAAGCAGGGCCGUCCCGGGGCAAGCAACUGCGGCUGCUCCAGGGUUGGGCUACCAACUUCCAGAGGAAGAAAUAUCUCUUGGAGAAUGGGCAGGGGGCUGGGCUGAGGGACAUGGGCUCCUCCCCAUCCAGCCCCAAGGAGGGGGGACAGCGCCUGGUACUAGGGCAAGGCAAGUAUUGGGAGUGGGAGGGAGCGGGGCCUGGUGCCUGUUCCCCCAAGCUGGCUGAGCCUGGCAGUACGUACUCCAAGCCAGACUUUGUGCAUCUCAUUGAUGAGCACGGGAUCUAUUCUACUGCAAAACUGGUGCUGGGCGGGGCAGCAGGUGAAGAGCUGGAGGAUGUGGUGGUGCUGCCACCCCACCUGAAGCAGGGUGGGGCUGGCCCUGAGCUGGAGAUCCGGGAGGUGAUCAUAGAUGAGAAGCCCUUCCAGUGCCGCGUGUGUGAGAAAACCUUUAAGCGGGCCUGGGAGCUAUUCAGCCAUGAGGUGGUGCACAAUGAGGAGCGCCCCUUCCACUGCGACCUGUGUGAGGCCUCCUUCAAGCGCCAUUCCGACUUCAAGAGCCACCGGCUGGUGCAUACUGAAGAGCGUCCCUUCCACUGCGAAAUGUGUGGCAAGAAGUUCAAGCGGUCGUCCAACCUGCAGGAGCAUCGGCGCAUCCACACUGGGGAGCGUCCCUACCAGUGCGCCUGCUGUGACAAGAGCUUUAAGACGCCUUACGAACUGCAGCGCCACAUGCUCACCCACUGCACUGAGAAGCCCUUCAAGUGCAGUGACUGUGGAAAGGACUUUCCCACCACCAACUCUCUGGUGCUGCACCAGCGCCAGCAUUGUGACGACAAGCCCCAUGUCUGUGGUGUCUGUGGCAAGAAGUUCACAUAUGGACAUAGCCUCAAGGUGCACGAGCGCGUUCACACUGGUGACCGGCCUUUUGUCUGCCCCAUCUGUGGCAAAGGCUUCAAGCAGUCAAAUGCUCUCUCCUCCCAUGAACGUGUGCACACCGGUGAGCGUCCCUUCAUCUGCAAGACCUGUGGCAAGGCCUUCAAGCAGUCAUCGUACCUAGUGAUCCACGAGCGCUCGCACACUGGGGAGCGCCCCUACAAGUGCGAGAUGUGCGAGAAGGCCUUUGCCCGUCCCUCACUCCUGCUGCAGCACCACCGCGUGCACAGUGAGGAGCGCCCCUACAAGUGCAGCUUCUGCGAGAAGUUUUUCAAGGACCUGUCAUACCUCACAGUGCAUGAGAAGGUGCACACAGGCGAGACCCCCUACAAGUGCAGUGUCUGCGACAAGGGCUUUGCCCACCCUUCCAACCUGCUGCAGCACCAGCGUGUACACCGUCAUAGCUGACCUGCCCCCUCACCUGCUUCUCUCUAGACUCCAGCCCAGGCCCCUGCAAUGUGGCCUGUACAGUGCACAGUUCCUGCGGAGUGAACCCUACUCCAUCUGUGGGGGCUCUGUGGGGAAUGCCUGUCCCAGCAUAUGGCAUGGGUUGGAGUGUGUAUUCUUGGAGGCAUUCACCUGGGCUGUGCAUGCCCUUUGCACCAGCCAUUAAGGAAGCUGGGGCUUGCUGCUCUCUGCACACUAGGCAGGGCCUCCUGGCAUGCUGCUAAUGUGGCCUCUAGGUCUGGGGAGGUCUGGACUGGGGAGUAUCUGACUGCCUGCUUACUUCCAAGAGCUCUGGAUAAGAAGGGUAAACUUUCAGCUUCCCUACAUGUCCUACUGGCAUAACUGCUAUGGGGGGCUUGCUCUGUGACACCUCCACAGCCUGUUUAAAGAGUUGGGAGGGUGCUUAGUAGGGUUAAUCCUGAAGGAAAUUAAUUUGGCAUCUCAGAGCCUGAAAAAAAGAGCAGUGCUAAAUUUGGCCAUAGCAAGUUCACCUUUUUGUACUCCGUCCACCUGAAAACUGUCUCUGUGAACACCAAGGAGAGGACCAGGUUGCCCUUUAAGCAGGGGCCUGGCCUGAAAGGGAUUAGGGAGUUGGUAGUUGCACUCCUGAAGCACUGACCCACAAUAGGGUAUCUCCAGCACUGGGCACUGCAGGUGCCAAGCAGGCUGACCCCCAUCAGUAGAACUCUUCCUUCUGCCUUUCCCUCUCCCACCCCAGUGCUUGAAAGUGCUCUGUCAGCACUAUUGCUCCCUGGGUUUCCUUUCUUCUGAGAGCACAGUAUUUGCUGAGGGAGUGAUACAGGCCCAGUGUGGCUGCCUCCAGAGCCCUGUAUAUCUGGGAAGUCUGAAUUCCUUGAUGAGUUCUGGAGUGGGGAGAGGAGGCUGGAAAGUGGGUCCCUUUGCUACUUGGACGGGGCUUCCUGAUGUGUCCUGCUGCACAGGGCUAGCCAGUUGUUCCUCUCCUCUGCCUUUCUCCCUUGCUUGCACAGGGUGAGGCUCAAGGGAAAAUGAUGGACAGUUAGCUUCAGGUGCCAAACCACCUCCCUCUUGGCGCUGGUCUGAGCUCCCUGACCAAGCUGUAUUCUCAUACCUAGAGACCUUCCAAAACAACAUUGGGUAGUGCAAUAGUGAGAGUGCAGUGUUGCAAUGUUACCAGAUAACCAGAACCUGCCUUGUUCACUUCACUGUCACUUCCCCAGUGUUGCUGAGAAUACAUGCCUUUGACCCCUGGGAUUCUUGUCAAGCCCUGGUGAGGGGUUGGGGAGGACUCUGGUUGAAGCCCCAGCACAUUUGUCCUUCUGAGGGUUAUAGGAAUUCAGUCUGUUAGGGCCCUCUGCACAGCCCCCCAGGGGAAGCCAGUUCAGUCUAAACAAAAGCAACAGGACACCCUUUUCUGGCUUGCUUAUAGAUUGCAGGAAAGCACAGAUGCCUGCUUGCUGUGGGUGGGAGCAGAGGCUUGGGUCCUUAAGGCAGAGAUAACAGCAGGCCUACUCUGGAGAGCAGGUUGUGGGUCAGGCUAACUUAGUCUGAGGCUGCUGUUUCACUUAUAAGCCAAUUUGAACUCAGACACAGCCGGUCUCUCCCACCAUGUUCACAUUUUGUGCUUGGGGUGAAGGGAAUGGACCAAGAUGAGCCUGCCAGCCCGUUUGCAUGGGAGGAGACUAACCUGGUCACAACCAGAGUGCUACAUGACUCUUGCCAGCUGGCCCCAUAAAACUGGUGGAAAGGACCUAGAGGGAUGGGACAGGUAAGAGUUCAGAGCCGCGGAGCAGGCAGUGUAUCCAUCCUGUUCAUUGCUCCAGUACCUAAGGAUCCCUCAUACAGGGUGCUGCACAAUUGCAGGGUAAAAAGCAAUCCCUGCUCUGGAGUUCUUGGAGGGAUUCUGCAGAGCAUCUGCAGAGGAGACAUGUCCUGCAAGACCCUGGUGAGGACAACACAGGUAUCCUUGGUUGAGAGCGAGGAGGGGCAAGUGCCACACUAGGCUAAUGGGAUGUUUCACAGUGCAACACAAUGUCUCCAUAGGACUGGUUGUGAGUAGGCCUAUGCGAAUAGGGAGGUAUUCAGUUCGGAUUCAGCCAAUUUGGAGGACAAUGAUUCAAUUCAGUAAUUCCAAUUACUGUUCCUAUUUGAUUUGGCCGAAUCGGCUUCGAAAGAUUCAGUGCUGAUUUGGAGAGAUUCAGUGAUUCAGAUUGACUGGAGAGAGGCAGGCACAGCCGGGCAGCUGCAGGUUCUCCCGCGGCUCCUCUGGCUGCGCUUGCCUCUCCCUGGGUUGGGGUAGUCGUGGGAGAAGCCCCCAUGGCUGCCCUGCCUGACCCCAGCCUCCUGGCACCUUAAAAAAAAAAAAAAAAAAGGCUCGACACUCACCGGCUGCAGCAGUGGUGAUCAGGGCCUCUGGGUGCUCGUGGCAGAGCCCCCCUGCACAGCAUGGGGCAGUAGGGAUUGCCACCUCCCCCACCUGGCACCUGCGCAGUGGCACAGGUGGAGGGUGGCUCAGCAGGGUGCUGUGCGCUGUCCAGGAGCUGGGGCCGCUGAGCCUAAGCACUGCCGGGAUCUGGGUGACUGCUGCAGCUGGUGAAUGCGGGGCUUUUUUGCUUUUUUCUUUUUUUUAAAGUGCUGGGAGGCUGAGGCUGGGCAGGGCAGGGCAGGGCAGCCAUGAGGGGCUUCCCCCAUGGCUUCCCCCGCUGCCUGGGGAGAAGCAGGUACAGAUGGAGGAGCCGUGGGAGAACCUGCAGCCGCCCGGCUGUGCCUGCCUCUCCCCGACUGAUCCAAAUCUUUUCUGAAUUGAUUCAGAUGCUCUGAAUCGAUUCAGAGUUUUUAAUGGGUCUCCUGAUUCAAUUCAGAUUUGGAGAUUCGUCCCCCGAAUCGGGCCUAAUCUCCAAAUCAAAUAGGCAACCGAAGCUACACACAGCCCUAGUUGUGAGCAACCUAAAGCAGGUGAAUGGGGGCAGCAUCGGCUAUAGGGCAGGGGUGGGCAAGAUGCAGCCGGUGGGCUGGAUGCAGCCUGCCAGGUCAUUCUAUUCGGCCCGCAGGGCCCCUAAAAAAUUUACAAAAUGAAUAUUUAUCUGCCCCUGGCUGCCUGUCAUGUGGCCCUCGAUGGCUUGCCAAAACUCAGUAAGCGUCCCUCCACCCAAAAUAAGUGCCCGCCCCUGCUAUUAGGAAUAUUGUGGUGUGGGCUAAGGCCACUGCACACUUGCUGCUGCUGGGAGAGGCUGUUUGCCCUGUUGCUGGCAAUGGGGCAUGCCCCUGUCACUCAUCUCCCUGGUCUUUGGAGUGCAGGGGGACCCAGAGCAGGAAAGUGGCAGGAAUGGCUGUACUGGGAGCAGGUGGUACAGCUGCAGUGCUGCCCAUGGGCCACCCAUGAGUUACAAAGUACUCUGGUAGAUGUACUGGUGCAUCCUGUGGGGACCCAGAGUCCUUCUUUGUCCUGGUUUUGGCUGCUGCUUAAUGCAGUAGAUGCUGGAUCUUCUGUAUCCAGGGCAGGGUGGUUUGGCCUGUCAUGCAAGGAGGCAUGUGACUUGGGUUUGAGCUUGCUGCAGCUUGGGGCCUAUGUCCAACCUGUAAGUGGCUGCAGCUCUGCUCUGCUUUGCUGCAGUGAGAGUCACCUGCCACUCAGUCUCCGAGCCACAUGAACAGCAUAUCAGGGCUCAUCAGCCACAUUGGUUGUGCACAGAUUUCACACACUAAUCUGUACACUUGCAUGUACACAUGCACAUACAUGUGUGCACAUACCCACACAGUAAUGACCUGCAGCUCUCUUGGUGUCUACAGGGCCUGGAUGGGGCUGAGAAAGAUGGUCCAGAUUGUGAUGGAGCCAAACUGUGGUCCCUUCCUCUGGGGAAAAGGAAGACCACUGUGAUCCGUGAUUUUUAGGUGGUUCUUGCAUUUCAAGGUGCUAGGUCAGCCAGCUGUAGGCUUAAGGGAGUCUUAGUGGAGCAGAGGGGAUGGACAGCCCUAUGUUUGAUUACUGUCUGCAAAUGUGGACGUAGUCUUUCUGGACUUCAGAAAGGCCUUCGACACUGUCUCUCACCCCAUUCUCGUUAAAAAAUUAGGAGAUUGUGGUGUCGAUGCCUACACAAUCAGAUGGGUCGCUAAUUGGCUGGAGGGCCGCACCCAGAGAGUGGUGGUGGACAGGUCAUUUUUAACUUGGAGGGAUGUGGGCAGUGGGGUCCUCCAGGGCUCUGUCCUCAGGCCCGCACUGGUUAACAUCUUCAUCAGUGACUUGGAUGAGGGGGUGAAAAGCGCCUUGUUCAAAUUCGCAGAGGACACUAAGAUGUGGGGAGAAGUGGGCAUGCUAGAAGGGGAGGGACAGGCUACAAUUGGAUCUGGACAGGUUACAGGGGUGGGCGGAUGAGAAUAAGAUGGGAUUCAAUACUGAUAAGUGCAGGGUGCUGCACCUUGGGAGAAAGAACCAGCAGCAUACCUACAGGCUGGGGAACUCCCUUAUCAUCAGUGGAGAGGCAGAAAAGGAUCUUGGAGUCAUUAUAGACUCCAAGAUGAACAUGGGCCACCAAUGUGGGGACGCAGUCAGGAAGGCUAACCGCACCUUGUCAUGCAUCCACAGAUGCAUCAUGAGCAGGUCCAAGGAGGUGAUCCUCCCCCUAUAUGAGAUUGGUCAGGCCGCAGUUGGAGUACUGCGUGCAGUUCUGGGUGUCGCACUUCAGGAGGGAUGUGGCCAGCAUGGAGAGGGUCCAGAGGAGGGCCACUUGCAUGAUCAGGGGGCAGCAGGGCAGGCCCUAUGAGGAGAGGCUAAGAGACCUGAACCUGUUCAGCCUCCACAAGAGAAGACUGAGUGGGGAUCUGGUGGCCAUCUAUAAACUGGCCAAGGGAGACCAGCAGGUAUGGGAGAGUCCCUGUUCCCCCAAGCACUACUGGGUGUAACAAGGAAUAACAGCCAUAACUUGACGGAGAGUAGAUUCAGGCUAAAUGUCAGGAGGCACUACUUUACAGUCGGCGGCUAGUAUCUGGAACCAACUUCCAAGGGAAGUGGUGCUUGCUCCAACCUGGGUGUGUUUAGAAGGAGGCUAGAUAGACAUCUAGCCAGGGUCGUUUGACCCCAGCAUUCUUUCCUGCCCAUGGCAGGGGGUCGGACUUGAUGAUCUGCUCAGGUCCCUUCCAACCCUACCAACUAUAAAACUGAAACUAUGAAAUGUGGAGCAAAGUGAGGAGCAGUUCAUCUGUGUCUGACUCAACUUGCCUAGUGAGGGCUGCUUCCAAGGGAUGGGCAUUACUAGGAUCCUCUUUACUGAAAUGCAGGGGCCAUUUGCCCCUUGCACCUAGAGGAAUGGGGUGACUCAGGGCAGUCUCCAGGCCCCCAGUUGCUGCUCCUGCUGCUAAACUCCAAGUCGGUUCUCACUAACUGUUUUGUUGCUCUUUCUGUCUGACCCUCACUGGGGAGAAGGCUAGAGGCUGGACCUUUCCCAGUGGAGGCAAGAACUGGGCCUGCUCCCAUCUACAUUCACUUACCUGGACUUGGCCUGUUCCUGCUGCAGUCCUGGAGAUGCCUGGCACUGCAUUAGCCUUCCCCACCCUGUACUAAAACACCAGGGCUGGAUAAGACUGUGGUCAAAUGCUGUAAUCCCUGCCCCCUUUUGUAUGGGUCCUGUGGCACAGGGUCAGGGUGAGCCUCAGGCUCUGCUCCUUGGCCUUUACACACUAAUUACAGGAUGGUUAUUUAAUGGUGUUUCUGUCUCUUCACUGCUCUGGCCUUAGAGCUCAGGAUCUCAAGAGUAACCCACUCAGCUCUCAGCAGUGAGUGCUGAAGCACUGGUGAAGCUUUAAAGCUAAAUCCUAGCAUCAAAAGAAGGGCAGGGUGGCCUUCCUUACGCCCUGACUGCAGCUAGGGAGCAGUCAGUGAAUGAUCUCAAUAUUGAUACUGAGCCCUAACCAGUGUUUCAUAGAUGAGGGGCCAUCCUUGUUGGAACCACAGAGUCUCCACUUCAAAGCUCCAUGGGAUUUUAAAAGUACAGGUCAGGAAAGUGGGGACUAAAUGGCGUGUGACUAAAGAGGGAACAGGUACGUUACUUACCUGCUAUCAUGCAGUCAUGCCAGCAUCAUAGCCUGAACGCCUAGUCUUGGGCUUUCUGCCCAGCUCUGCUAGUGUCUCUUCUGACCAAGCCCCUGUGUCAGCCCAAUCAUGACCCCCCUCUACCUCUCCACAUAGCUGUGCCACUGUCCCACAUCACUGACCUGCAUUUAUGUACCAUUUCAAUGUUAGCACUCCCUACACAUCUCUGCUAGUGCCCUUCUUUCUGAAGGCACAGCUCCUCUCUGGUUGUAGUCAUGCCUUUGUUUUGCUGAAUCCCUGAGAGGAGGCUUUUUAAUGUUCUGUGACUAGUUUUCCUGACAGGUGAAACACAGGGGCCUCUGUCACAGGUUUUCACUGAUCUCAGCAGUAAGUUGUGACAUCUUUAUUCUUGACAUUCUUUCUAUAUAAUACUGAUGUAGCCAGAGAGUCCAGGCCUUCCUUGCUGAGAUCAGCUACAUCACAGCUUCCUCAGGAUAUACAAUAGAGGAGACAAUAUUUGGGGGUCCAUCUCUGCUCUGGGAGACUGCAGUUUAGCUCUGGGGCUGAAUUCUGAUUCCAGCUGCCUCCAGAGUUACCUGCUUUACUCAGCUCCCUGGGACCAAGACUGGAUUGUGAUCUCGGGUUCCCCAGUGCAAGUGUGGAGUAAUCCCCUGAUUGCAGGAGGGUAAGCUGUAUGGGUCUUGCAAAGACCCUUAGAGUGAUUGUGGAAGAUUGUCAAUGUUGUCUGCCGCUCUCGUCAGCUGGCCACCCACACAAGUUAACUGAGCUAUUUAUAGAGUCUCCUGGCCAAGAGACCUGGAUUCCACUGGACUUAAUGUUCUGUAGAUGGGGGGGAAAGAUGGAGCAGAGGGAGUCGUGGCCAGGACUGUCAGGAGCCGUAAGUCAGGUUCCCUGCUCUGCAAGGUUUAUUCCCAGUAAAGAUGCUUGGAUAUCCUUCUCCAUUGCUAACUGGGGAGUAUUUUACAAACCUGAUGUUGCCCAAGGGUAUUAUCCUGCUUAGUUUCUGGCAGAGGUACAUGGGACACUUCUGCCUCUUCUGCACCACUGUUAACAAUGGUUAAUGGCUUCUGUGCUGCUGGUGGCAUUAUGGGACUGGAAAGAGGAUAGACAAGAAAGGCAUGGGGUGGGGGGGUGGGGAGGGGUCUGUUGUGCAGACAGUUUGGAGAAGUACCAGUCUUCCCAAAUGCUCUUAUGGCAAUGGCCAGGGCUGAAAGCUUCUGGGACAGGGCUGUGACUUUUACCUGGCCCUGUCAGACCUGCAGUAUCAGUAAUCACCAUUGCAAAGCAUACAGAAAGGAAAGGAGCAAUCAGGUCUGGCAUAUCAUCCUUUGCCUUCACCUGGAUGGUCACACCCCUGAGCUGCAAACCUGCAUAAUGGCCACAUCUGCCCAUUAGCUAACAAUGCCUUUACUAACACCAGGAAUCCUAGACUGCUGGAUACCAGGAAGUGGAAAGUGAAGGUGCCUGCCACAAGAACCUUCGCUCAACCUUAUGCUCAUGCACCACCCUUACAGAUAGUGUGCACUGUUCAGGGAGUUGGGCUCAGAUCAGGGAUGGGUAAAAUGCGGCCUGGGGCCCAGAUGCAGCCCACCAAGCCAUUCUAUCCAGCCCGCAAGGCCCCUAAAAAUUUUAGAAAAUAUUAAUCUGCCCUGGGCUGCCUGUCAAGUGGCCCUAGAUGGCUUGCUGAAACUCAGUAAGCAGCACUCUGCCCAAAAUAAUUGCCCGCCCUUGGCUCAGAUGUUUCCAGUGUGGAGCCUUGAAUUUUCUCUAUGCUAGGAAAACUUGCUGAAAUCAGUGACUUCUAAAGAGAAGUUGCCCACACCAUCCUGCACUCAGACAUGGAGCCUGCCCCAUAGAAACAACCUGCUUCCUACCUAGUUUUACAUCUCCCAGCACACACGAUGCCACCUGUCCCUAUGUAGUUAUUUACCCAGCACAAAAUCUACAGGCCACUAACACCUCCCAUCUCACUGCUGCAAUCUCCAGUCACAAGGCUUGCCACUAUACCCCCAGCCUGCAUAACAGCCCUGAAAUGUGAUAUACUGGGUCCCAUAAGUGACACAUGCACCUCUCCCCUGACCACGUAUAGGAGAUUCAAGGAGGGCUGCACAGAACCUGAACAGAGCAUACACAGAUCACCUCCUGCCAUGAUCACUGCUCUGCCAGGAUGUCAUGACUGAGCUGCCUGCUGUUCAGUGUAGUGCCAGCUAACACCAUGGGGAGAGGGAUGCGUAGCCAUGUUACUCUGAAGUCAGGCAGAAGGCUGGGCAGGGUGGUAUCUUAGAAACUAACUGAUCAGAGAUGCAUAAACUUUCCUAGGCAACAGCCUACCUCAUCAGAUGUUAUGAAUGGACUUGCAAACCACAGGGAUUCUAAAUAGAAGGGAAUUUAAAUGCAAAGGAUGGGGGAGGGGGCACUUGAGAGAGGUGAAGGUGGGUUGAAUAGGUCAAAAGGGAUAAAUAAGGUAAUUAAUCCAUUGAUGGACAUAGAGGUUAUAAAAGCUAUCCCCAGGUAGUGGGAUAAAAAUCCAGUUUCUACUGAGACCAUACGUAAUGGAAUCCAGUCUGUGGAUGAUUCCUUGUUCUGCAUUUUCAUAUUCAAGUUUUUAAAGUUUUGUUAAGGACAGCUACUCUGGAGUUAAGUGAUGGAAUAUUAUACAUGGAAGUUAAAGUA